AUGUCGUGCGCCCCCGCCAACCUGGACAAACCCUCGCUUACUGAGGUUAACCUGGAGAACUUGUUUGUCACAAUGGCCAAAGGAGGUGACCCCAAGGCGGAUGGCCGGACCAUGACCCAGCAAGUAGCUGAACAGUGGCUUACCAAGGCACAUGUGAUAGAUAAGACCAUCAGCCAGGCAGAUGUGUCUAAUACUUUCAAGAAAACUGGUAAAUCGGCGGUCAAUUUUACUGAAUUCGUCAAGAUACUAGCCGAUCUAGCUGGAAGUAAGAAAGUAGACUUACAUGGAAUUAAAGAAAAACUUCUUAAAGUGUCCGCGACAUAG